AUGUCAGGUGUGCCCAGGCAAGGAGAAGUUGGAGGCAGCAUUGCUGGAAACUGUGGAGAGGUGCCGGCAGCUAUGUUGGGUGUGCCCAGGCAAGGAGAAGUUGGAGACAGCGCUACGGGAAGCUGCGAAGAGGUGCCGGCAGCUGUAUCAGGUGUCCCAAGGGGAGGGGAAGCGUAUCCUCCACCCCUUGUGAGAUGCUCUUGA